AGAAGGCUAACUUCUAACUGUAGACAGCUCUAAGCCAUUGUUUGACAACACUGAUGACAUUUACUGUUCUCUGCCUAUGGGAUUUGAUUUACUCAGGAAAACAGACCCAUCAAUAGGCUUAGAUGAAGGCACGAUCACGUUUACAAAGGAAGAAAUAAAGAAGAAUGUCUUUGAUCCUGUCAUCCAAAGGGUCAUUGGUCUCUGCCGUCAACUACAAAAGGAUACUACCAAUCUAAAGGCUAUUUUCAUGGUGGGUGGUUUUGGCUCUUCUGCUUAUCUUUAUCAACAAAUGGUAAAAGAGUUUUCACCUGAAGGAAUCAAGAUAAUUCAGCCUGAUAGACCAGAAAUGGCAGUGGCUCGUGGAGCAGUCAUCUUUGGUUUGAAUCCUACAAAGAUUGCUACACGAAUCCCAAGACUGUGGUAUGGCAUCAAGAGUGCAUAUCCAUUUGACUAUGAAAUGGAUCCUGAUGAAUACAAGGUGAUUCGACCUGAUGGUAGUGUUCGAUGUGAUAAUCGUUUUUCUACCUUUGUUGAAAGAGGCAAACCUUUAGAUUUGGACAGCUGUAUCGUUCGGCAUUUUACCAUCUACGCUCCUCACAAGACAGCGUGCUCUAUCUUUGCUUCUGAUAGUGAAACUGAACCAAGAUAUGUGGUCCCUUCUCCUCACAAUAAUGUCAAAAAGGUGUUUGACUGUGAUAUCCCUAUGCCCCAUUUACCCAACAUAAAGCACGGCGAUCCUAUACCACUGACGAUAAAGAUGUACUUUGGUGAAAAUGAGCAUCGAGUGGAAGCCGUUAUUAACGAUGUUACUUAUAAUGUUUCCUGUAAAUUUGAAGUAGAAUAAAGAUGUUUUUUAUUUAUACAAGUUUUUUGGCUGUAAAGAAAUUUUUAUAGUAAUGCAUCUGCCAGAAACA